AUGACGAACUAUUCGCCGUCUUUCCGUUCGUCAAAACGGGAACCGUUUCACGCACAGUCCGCCCUCCUCACCCUCCUCGCCCGCAUCUCCAUGUUUUGGGUUCGCCAAGCUAUCCGUGCUCUCCAGUCUCCAGUCUCCAGUCUCCAGUCUCCAGUCUCCAGUCUCCAGUCUCCAGUUUCCAGUUUCUACUUUUCCAGUUUUGGGUCUUUCGACGAACCUCAACGAAUGCCGUUGGCCCUUCCCGGAGCUGUGACGGCGAAACGGCUCAAAAACCCAUCUCUCACUCGCAAAAGUCAAGUAUGGGCUGGGCCACCACUUCUCGGACGUCUCCAAAGACGACUUUCAGCAAUCUCUACGGUAUCUCUGGUUCGCCAUCUUAUUUUAUGGCGUCGCCCUGAUUUUCGUAAAGCUCUCUAUCGUCCUCCAAUACCUGCGCGUCUUCCUCAGCCGCCGCACACGGUACGCCUGCUUGUGGACCCUUCUGCUUCUCUCCUUCUACGGCAUCCAGCAGAUCUCCUCGUCAGUCCUCGCAUGCGUACCCAUCGAGUCGUUCUGGGACCAGUCAAUAGCUGGCUAUUGCAUCGACAGAGAAGCUGUCUGGUUCUUCAACUCAGCAAUGAACAUCUUCACCGACAUCGUUCUCAUCAUCCUCCCCAUGCCAGCCCUUUCGACGCUGCAGCUGCCGCCAAAGCAGAAAUUCGGCCUGAUUCUCAUCUUCGCCUUGGGCGGGCUCGUUUGUGUGGUCAGCGUAUUAAGGUUGCACAGCCUGUACAUCUCGUCGCUCUCGAAUGA